CGAAGCACCGUUGAUAAGAAAUUCGGCAAUAGGUGUGAUCAACCGACGACUUCAACAUUAGAGUCGGCACCGACAUGUAGCUGAACAUGGUACUUCCAUCUCGUACGGUCGUACCCGCUGCUGACUCGCCGUAAAAGGCACCUUCGUUCACUCUCGCGUUACCAGUUCCGAGUUCCCUCUCCUCUCUCUGAAGCUUCGGCGAUUUCACAAAUGGCUUUCGCUCUCCUCGCUCCUCUCCGUAAACCCCCUCCCUCAUCCCUUCCUCUUCUUCGCCCCUCCUCCUCUCCCACCUCCCUCUCCUCUAUCCCCUUCCCCAAAACCCGAGCUCCCGACCCAAAACCUAGGUUUUCUAGGAUGCUGCUCCCUCCCAACGUCCUCUCCCUCUCGGACCUCGCGGGCCUGCAAAGCUCCCUCGUCGAUCUGUUGCGGACGUCUCCUCCGACGUGGGAAUCCGCCAUUGCUAACAAUCUCGUUAUCUUCCUCCUCGGAUCGCCCAUCCUCGUCGCGGGACUCUCCCCUUCGGGGAUAGGAGCGGCUUUUUUGCUCGGCACUUUGACUUGGAGAGCCUUUGGAUCAUCUGGGUUUCUGCUUGUCGCCGCAUACUUUAUUGCAGGAACAGCAGCAACGAAGUUGAAGAUUAAACAAAAAGAAGCUUUAGGAGUGGCUGAGAAAAGGAGCGGACGGAGAGGACCAGGCAGUGUGAUUGGUUCCAGUGCUGCUGGCUGUGUUUGUGCUUUGCUAUCAAUAUAUGGUAUUGGAGGAGCUUCAUUUUCAGGGCUCUGGCGACUUGGCUUUGUUGCUAGUUACUGUACUAAGUUGAGUGACACAGUUUCCAGUGAAAUAGGCAAAGCAUAUGGGAAAACAACCUACCUGGUGACAACAUUGAAGGUAGUCCCAAGAGGAACAGAAGGGGCAAUUAGUGUUGAGGGAACGAUUGCUGGACUUUUAGCUUCAAUUCUCCUUGCUAGUGUCGGUUAUUUUCUGGGAGAGGUGGAUGUACUGCAAGCCGCCAUAUGUGUUCUUGCAUCCCAGAUUGCGAAUUUUGGUGAGAGCCUGAUUGGUGCUGCACUGCAAGAAAAGGAUGGUUAUAAAUGGCUGAACAAUGACCUUGUCAACGUAAUCAACAUCUCCAUUGGCAGCAUCUUGGCGGUUCUGAUGCAGCAGUUAGUGCUAUUGCGUCUGUGAAGGUUUGCAUCUCUACCUACCACAUUUUUCUAUGUAUGAUUGUAACAGCGCGGCAUGCAAAUUAAUGGAAAAUUAAGAAGAAAAUAUCAUACAUUCUUAGGCAUGAAUAUUCGGGGAAUUUCUAUUGCUCAAAUUGCAAUUACCGUUUCACUUAACUAGGUGUUUAACUUUAGCUUAUACUUUAAUAUGCAUUCUUUUUUUUUUUUUU